AUGGCGGAAACGACUGCUGCCUCACCACCCCAAGUUACCGAAACGCCUCCGCCGGAGCUGAAGCUGGACACCAAUACGGAGUCCUUGGGUGAAGGUGUCAAUAAUGAUGCUCUUCGGAAAGAGGAAGGUUCGGUAGUCCCGCCGUCAGGAACCCCUGCCCGCGAUGCUACCUCGUUCCUAUCCCCGACUCCUCCUGCGCGGACCCCUAACGAUGAGUCUCCCGAUCGCACUUCACCACGAACCUCUACUUCGAAGCCAUUCUCGGCUCUGAAAAGACCAGGCCGGUCGAAACUAUCCGACCAGUCACCGGUGAGCCUCAAUGGGCACACAGGAGAAAGAGAUGCAGAUCAAAACGGCACUGCGACGCCUCCGACUGGGCGGAAAGGCGUCCAGUUCUCCGGUAACACAGAAGAGUACGAUUCCGCGGAUGCAGGCCAGGAGACACCACCGGUGUCAGCAAUAGACCGUGGAGAGCCGAGGUCACAAUCCCUGUAUUCGAAACUCCGAGCACUCGCCACGUCUCAAGGCUUCGCCCAUACGCGCACCCCUAGUAAUGUAAGCGCAAGGUCCGGCGACGGGAAGGAGUUAGACGGCCAUCUAUCUGUUCCGCUUCCCCGACAGGGCACGGGUCUGUCCGCAACUCUUGAAGAGGCUGAUAGUGACGCUGAUGCGGAUGCGGAGGAGAGCGGAGCAGAGACAAACAAUGAGCGAACGGGCCCUUCGAGAGGGCGCCGCAAACCAAGGUCCCGCCUCGUCGAUGAGAUAGACACCGCCCCACCAUCGCCGCACAGUCCCAUGAGGUCUGGGCUCGUCAGUGCACCUCUGCAUUCCGAUGUCGAGCAUCCCGGCCGACUAACGAGACGGGCGACGGAUAACGAUGCCCACAACGAUCACUUAGGGGUGUCGGAGGAUGAAGGACGUAAACAGAAGCUCGGGGCGACCUGGACGCCCAGACAUCCCCUUCGCGGCCUCAGUUACGGGGGUCAGCGGAAACCCAGUGAUACAGGUGUGGAAAAUCGAGAAGGCAGACCGGCUCUGUCUGGCCUGCGUAUGCUAACCACGCUCCCUUCAGCACGUGAGCGCUCACCUGGAAGAGACGGUGAAGCAUCUGAAACACCCAAAACAUCUCGUCGCAAAAUGCUUACCGAACGUGGUACAACACUCAGUGCCCAGAAGUGGCGACAGUUCAGACAGAAGAUACAAACUUUAGGGCAGAGCAAGAAGAAAGAGCGGACGCAGGACCACCAGAAGUCAGCACAAUUAUUAGCCGAACUUCAAGCUGGAGGUCCAGCGGCCCUGAUGCUCGCCAGCAUGUUUCAGAGAGACGAGAACAACAACAGAAGGGUACCAGUCCUGCUCGAGCAGCUCAAGGUGCAGGUCACAGAUUCUGAGGUGGAUCGGUUCAGAGACCCUGAGAAUCCAACGCCUGGAGACCGCCAUAUCAUCUUCAGGAUCGAGCUCGAGUACGGCAGCGGCAUUAACCGAAUGAAGUGGACUAUCAAUCGGUCGCUGCGAGACUUUGUAAAUUUACAUGCCAGAUACAAGCUCCACUUCAGCUCAGAAAAGCUCAAAGGUCGUGGAGAUGCUGGCGAGAAGAUGCCAAAGUUCCCCCGCAAAGCCUUCCCGUUUCUAAAAGACUUCGGUUUCAACGACGAGGAAGAUGAUGAGGACGAUGAACAGCAACAGGAAGGCGCUGAAACAGACACAGAACGACCAAGACCUUGGAACCGUCCAUCCUUUGCACUCAUCCGCCGCAGAUCCAGCAUCGACAAUUCUGGACGUGAUCCUGUUGUAUCCGAACGGCUACGGCAACAAGCGCGCAAACGGCUUGAGAUAUAUCUCCAGCGUAUGAUCAGCUUCAUGCUCUUCCGGGCAGACAGCAAUCGCUUGUGCAAAUUUCUUGAAGUCUCGGCUCUGGGCAUGCGUUUAGCAGCCGAAGGUAGCUACCAUGGCAAAGAAGGGUAUCUGAUGAUCCAGUCCGCAAAAGGAGUCGACUUUCGCAAAGUUCUGACACCAGAAAACAUCAAGACUGUCACCCGACGCUACGCUCCGAAAUGGUUCCUGGUUAGGCACAGCUAUGUGGUCUGCGUCGACUCGCCGGAAGAGAUGCACAUAUACGAUGUGUUUCUCUUCGAUUCCGACUUUCGCAUCCAAUCCUAUAGGAAACGGAUCAAAGAGGGCUCUAAAGCACAAGAAAUCGCGGAAGCUGCUCGUGAAACGGCAAAGCAUCCCCAACAUCACCGACUCAAGCUCUACAAUAGCGAGAGAAGACUCAAGUUGCUGGCCCGCAACGAGCGGCAAUUGAACCAGUUUGAAGCGUCAAUUCGUUCAACUGUGAGCGUUUCACCGUGGUGUGACCCAACUAGAUUUGACAGCUUUGCGCCGGUGAGAACAAAAUGUUUCGCCCAGUGGCUAGUUGAUGGAAGAGACUAUAUGUGGGUUGUUUCAAGGGCCCUCAAUCAGGCGAAAGACGUCAUCUAUAUCCACGAUUGGUGGCUCAGCCCUGAGUUGUACAUGAGACGACCGCCAGCUAUCAGCCAGAAGUGGCGUCUCGAUCGACUUCUCAAGCGAAAAGCUGAAGAAGGUGUGAAAGUGUUUGUCAUCGUCUACCGAAACGUUGAAUCUGCCAUUCCCAUCGACUCCCAAUACACCAAGUUCUCGUUACUAGACCUGCAUCCCAACGUCUUCGUUCAGCGGUCGCCGAAUCAAUUUCGCCAGAACACCUUCUUUUGGGCUCACCACGAAAAGAUAUGCAUUGUCGACCACACUGUUGCAUUUGUUGGUGGUAUCGACCUCUGUUUCGGAAGGUGGGAUACUCCUCAGCACACUCUGAUUGAUGAUAAACCAACCGGUUUCGAGCCCAGUGAAGAGCCAAAAGAUGCAGACCACUGCCAGCUUUGGCCGGGUAAAGACUAUUCGAAUCCUCGGAUACAAGAUUUUUACGAGCUCAACAAGCCUUACGAAGAGAUGUACAACCGACAGAAGACUGCCCGUAUGCCGUGGCAUGAUAUCUCGAUGCAAGUCGUUGGCCAGCCAGCCCGAGAUCUCACUAGGCACUUUGUACAGCGGUGGAACUACAUCCUGCGACAGCGAAAGCCGACACGGCCUACACCGUUCUUGCUCCCCCCGCCUGAUUUUGUUCCGGCAGACCUGGAGGCACUCGGCCUCGAUGGCACUUGUGAAGUACAAAUCCUUCGCUCUGCUGGCGCUUGGUCCUUAGGAACUCCGGAGAAGACAGAGCAUAGCAUCAUGAACGCCUAUGUGAAGAUGAUAGAAGAGUCUGAGCACUUUGUCUACAUCGAAAACCAGUUCUUCAUCUCAAGCUGUGAAACAGAACGGGUGACAAUAUUCAACCAGAUUGGAGAUGCUCUUAUUGAACGUAUAACGCGUGCGCACAAGAACGAAGAGACAUGGCGGGCGGUUAUUGUAAUUCCGUUGAUACCUGGCUUCCAGAACACAGUCGAACAGGAGGGAGGCACCAGCGUCCGUCUCAUUAUGCAGUACCAGUACCGCAGUAUCUGUCGUGGCGAGUCAUCGAUCUUCGGUCGUCUACGUGCAGAAAAUAUCGAGCCCGAAGAGUAUAUCCAAUUCUACAGCUUGCGCCAGUGGGGCCGCAUCGGCCCCAACAAUGCUCUAGCUACAGAGCAGCUCUAUAUUCAUGCGAAAUGCAUGAUAGUCGACGACCGUGUGGCCAUCAUAGGUUCUGCGAACAUCAACGAACGAUCUAUGCUUGGGAACCGAGAUUCGGAAUGUGCCGCUGUCGUUCGCGAUACAGACAUGCUUUGGUCACGAAUGAACGGACAACCGUAUCAAGUCGGCAGAUUUCCCCACACAUUGCGUAUGCGCUUGAUGCGGGAGCAUCUAGGUCUCGAUGUUGACAAGAUCAUGGAAGACGCGCAAGCCAUGGAGCAAGAACAUAACAAGACAGCUGCCGCCGAGGGACGGCCUCAAUCACCACAGGAUGAUGAGAGCCAGUAUCUGUCCCCACAGUCGGCUGUCAGUGAUAACAUUAGCCCGCUCGGCAACGACGAUAGUCGCACUCGAGCCGCCUUUGAGAAAGCUUUUGGACGUACCACCCGUGGAACUUCGAGUGGGGAGUUGCGUGAGGAGCUUUUGAAGAGACACGAAGAACUCAUGAGUUUCAACCACGAUGUUGAUUGGGAACAAGCGGACAACCCCAAUCUCAAAGCUAAUCGUAAGGUGACUGAGGAUCACCGAGUGACUAAAAACGACACCCACAGACAGGACGUUGUAGGACAUGGCUUUGACCACAUGCACGAUAUUGAGGUCAAAGGCUACGGCACUGGUCGCGACACUGCUCUCGUCAAGGACACCAAGGAAGUGCUCAUGACCAAUCUCGACUCCGAAGGCCACACUUCACUUUCAACGCCCUGGCGAAAAGGCGAACACGCUCGCCUACCCUCUUACGUUGCCAAGAUGGAAACACCAAACCCGCCUAUGCCUCCACGUCCGACGACGCAACGUAUGAACACCGAGGAACUGGGUCUUCCCAUGCUUUCUCAGUUACCUGCCCUUCCGCAAGAGGACGAUACUGAUAUAGGGGGCCCGGCUCUAGCAAAGUUCAACACUCGAGACUCUUAUCAUCCACACCAUCCCUUGAUGAACGAGCUGCGUCGGCCGCUCGUCGAUCGUGACUGCAUGCUUGAUCCUGUGAUUGAGUCUUUCGUAGAAGACACCUGGCAUGCUGUUGCUGAGAACAACACCAAGAUCUACCGCACCGUCUUUCGCUGCAUGCCCGACAACCUUGUCCGCGAUUGGGCCGAAUACCAGCAAUACGUCAAAUAUGAACAGCGUUUUGAGCAACUGCAGGGCACUGAUACCGUAGAGGACAAGGUUCCUUCGAGUCAGGCCACUCGCACAGGACCGCCUGGCGCCGGGACUAGCCCAUCAAUGGCCGUUGCAAACAAUUUUGCCAAUUUGAAAAAGGUGCCCACCGACAUGUCCCAGAAAGGAUCCGAAGUCAAAGAAGCCCUCAGAAAGAAGAUCGCAGGGCAGGAACCCAUAGAGGACUUGGUGCGCCGUGAGAAGGAAGAUCUGCGCUCUUGGGCCAAGGAAGCAAAUGAGAAACAGGCUGAGCGGCAGGGUAAGGUUCUGACGCGCCGGGAUACCAUGCCCGAGAAAGAAUUGGAUGAGAAAGCGGCCGGCCUACCCACUGUCCCAGAGCACGAGCCCGGUCGUCUAGAAACAUCAGCUAGCGAUUCCAGCAAACCCAACUCCAGUGGUGGGAUCACGGACGAGAAAAGCAAUCAUAUCCCUGCUGGCGACACAGCUGUCGCAAGCGUGGAUGGUAACAAGGAUGCCACCGCGACCGCUGCCUCCCGGCGCGACAGUAUCAGCUUCGCGCCCCUCAACAGCCCCCAGACGAACGCGUCGGGAAGCAGCGGUGAGAAGAUAAUGGCGUACUCAGAUGUUCUCAACCACAACAUGGGCGUCGCAGGCGGGCCCAGCACAAGCGCUGCGGGUGGCACCCAGAAGCGCAGAAGAAGAGCGACCACUCGGAGUAGCAGGCGGGAGUUCUCGGCUAGUGACGAUAUUCUCAGCGUUGAGGAGGCAGAGGAGUUGUUAGAAUGCGUGCAGGGGCGUUUGGUUGCCUGGCCUUACGACUGGCUCGAGAAAGUCGAAGCCGGCAGCAACUGGCUGUUCAGCUUUGAUCAGAUCAGUCCGAUUGAAAUCUAG